AUGGACGAAGAUCACGGUCCCACGCAAAUCGUCCCGGGCGACAAGCCUCGGUCAAUCGGACGGUUCGUCGCCGGCGCGAAGCGUCUCUUCUUCACGAAGCAGGGCCUCAUUGGCGACUACGACUAUGGCUUCCUCUUCAGGCCAAACCUCCCCUUCAUGAAGAAGUCGGAGCAGGCCUCCCCUUCUUCGGCCUCAACGACCGCAUGCCCCUCCUCCUCGCCCUGCUCCUGGCUCCAGCAAUACCUCGUCUCCACCGCUCUCAUCGUCUCCGGAACUCUGUCCAUGAUCCAAAUCACUCGCUUCCACAUUUACAAGACCCCCUACUACCUGGGAACUGGCUUGAUCUCUGUCGUCGGAAUCUCUUUUACCAUUAUCCCUGUUGCCCAAGGUGCUUUCGCGCAAAUGUACGAAAACGGCUUCUGCCCCACCGACGAUGAGGGCAACAGGCUAUCUUGUCCUCAAGGCUAUGGCGCUCUCCUCGGCACCGCUGCUGUCUGUGCCCUUCUCGAAAUCCUCAUCGCCUUCAUCCCUCCAAAGAUCCUCCUCAAGGUCGUCCCUCCCAUCGUGACCGGUCCUACUAUCAUGCUCAUCGGCGUCCACCUCAUCGAGAGCGGUUUCAAGAACUGGGGCGGCGGUUCCGGCGCCUGCUUCCAGCCCACCACGGCGCUCUUCGCCAUGUGCCCCAACAUCAACGCUCCCCACCCUCUCCCUGGGGAUCGGCCGAGUUCCUUGGCCUCGGCUUCUCCGUCUUCAUCACCAUCAUUCUCUGCGAGCGCUUCGGUUCGGUAUGUAACCCCCCUUGUCAUCAUUAUCAUCUUCUUCUUCCCGUCAAAGCACAUGCUAACGACUGUAUCUUCCCCUACCUUACAGCCCAUCAUGAAGAGCGCCAGCGUCGUCAUCGGUCUUCUCGUCGGCUGCAUCAUCGCCGCCGCCUGCGGAUACUUUGACAACUCGGGCAUCAAGACCGCCCCCGUCGCCUCCUUCGUCUGGGUCCACACCUUCAAGCUCAGCGUCUACGGCCCUCUCGUCCUACCCAUCCUUUCCGUCUUCAUCAUCGUCGCCUGCGAAGCCAUCGGCGACAUCACCGCCUCGUGCGACGUCUCCCGCGUCGAGAUCAGCGGCCCCGUCUACGAGUCCCGCGUCCAGGGCGGCGUUCUCGCCGACGGCCUCAACGGUCUCCUCGCCGCCCUCAUGACCAUCACCCCCAUGAGCACUUUUGCCCAGAACAACGGUGUCAUCGCCCUCACCCGCUGCGCCAACCGCACCGCCGGCUACUGCUGCUGCUUCUUCCUCAUCAUCAUGGGCAUCUUUGCCAAGUUCGCCGCCGCGCUCGUCGCCAUCCCCGCCCCCGUCCUCGGAGGCAUGACCACCUUCCUCUUCUGCUCCGUUGCCGUUUCCGGCAUGGCUGUCAUCGCCCGCAGUGUCCCCUUUACCAGGCGCAACCGCUUCAUCCUUACCGCUGGUCUCACCAUCGGCUACGGUGCGACGCUCGUCCCCUCUUAUUUUAACAACGUAUUCACCUACGAUGGCCCCAACACGAGCCUCAGGGGCUUCAUGGAUGCCAUCGAAAUCGUCAUGCAGUCCGGCUUCGUCGUCACUGCCUUCAUCUGCAUGAUCCUCAACCUGACCCUCCCCGAGGAGCCGAGGAUCUCAUGA